AUGGACGCCCAAUUUAUAUCUUCUUUAGAAGCUACCUUAAGACAAACUUUGGUUCCAGAUUCUGCUGUUAUCAAGCAAGCUUCCCAAAAGUUAACCAAAGAAUUCUACACUAACCCUUUGGCUUUACCAAGUUUGUUCCACAUUUUACAAAAUGGUCAAGAUGAUGAAAUCAAACAAUUAGCCUCUGUUGAAGCUAGAAAGUUGGUCUUGACUAACUGGGAAAAUAUUGACGCUUCUUUAAAGCCAAAUAUUAGAGAAUCCUUAUUACAAAACACCUUCCAACAACCAAACAAGCGUAUUAGACACAGUUCAGCACGUGUUAUUGCUGCUAUUGCUGAAAUUGAUUUAGAAAAGGGUCAAUGGGAGCAACUUUUACCUACUUUAGUUGAAGCUAUCCAGGGUUCUGAUGUUCAAAUUAGAGAAAUGGGUGUUUUCACUUUGUACACUAUAUUGGAAACUCAAAUUCCUUCCUUGACUCCUCAUAUUGACGGAUUCUUGACUUUAUUUGCUGGAUUAUUAUCCGACACUUCUUCUAGAAGCAUUAGAGUCAACUCUGUUUUAUCUUUGGAUGUUAUUUCUCAAUUCAUUGAAGAAGAAGGUGACAUCAAUAUUAACUUGGCUAACAAAUUUAAGGCCACUAUUCCAGCCAUGGUUGAAGUUUUGAAGGAAGUUGUUUCCAAUGAUGAUUCAGACCUGGCUAAGCAAAUCUUCAAUGUUUUCAACAGUUUGAUCUUCUUGGAUAACAAAUUGAUUGGUGACAACUUGAUUAAUUUGAUUCAAUUAAUUGCUGAAAUGUCUCUUAAUACCCAAUUGGAUGAAGAAUACAGAUCUUUUGGUUUACAAUUCUUAAUUUCUUGUGUUUCAUUGAGAAAAUCCAAGAUUUCUUCCAACAAAUUAGGUCCACAAAUUACCUUGGUUGCUUUGAAAAUUGCUUCUGAAGAAAUUGAUGAAGAAGCUGAAUUGGAAAAUGAAGAUGAAGAAAACGAAAAUGAAGAAAAUUCCCCUCCAUCUUUAGGUUUAAGAUUGAUGGCCAUGUUAUCUGCCGAAUUGCCACCAUCCCAAGUUAUCAACCCAAUGUUUGAUGCCUUACCAUCAAUGUUGGCUUCUACCAACAAAUUCGAAAGAAGAGGUGGUUUGUUAGCCAUUGGUGUUUCUUCAGCUGGUGCUCCAGACUACAUCUCCAACCAAAUCCAAAAGAUCCUUCCAGCCAUUCUUAACGGUUUGAAAGAUUCUGAAAUCAUUGUUAGAGUUGCUGCUUUAAGAACUUUGUCCCAAUUAACUUCCGAACUUCAAGAUGUUAUUGCUGAAUAUCACGAACAAUUAUUACCUUUGGUUAUUGAUAUCAUUGACACUGCUUCUUCAGUUAUGGCUUACAAAUACGCUUGUUAUGCCUUGGAUGGUUUAAUUGAAUUUAUGAGUCAUGAUGCUAUGGGUAAAUACAUUGAACCAUUAAUGAACAAAUUGUUCCACAUGUUACAACAAGCCAACUCUUCUUCAUUGAAAUCAGCUAUUGUUUCCGCCAUUGGUUCUACUGCUUUUGCUGCUGGUAAAGCCUUCACCCCAUACUUUAAGAACUCCGUUCAAUACUUGGAACCUUUCAUUACCAAUGCUGCUGCUACUGAAGGUAUGACCGAAGAUGAUGUUGAAUUAAGAGCUGUUACUUUUGAAAACAUUUCUACCAUGGCCAGAGCUGUUGGCUCCCAAUCAUUCUCCGACUAUGCCAAGCCAUUGGUUGAAGCUGCUUACACCUCCUUAAGUUCUGAACACUCAAGAAUUAGAGAAUCUGGUUUCGCAUUUAUUUCAAACAUGGCCAAGGUUUACGGAUCUGAAUUUGCUGGAUUCUUGGAACAAAUUGUCCCACAAAUUCUUAAAUGUUUAGAACAAGAUGAAUUCACCUUUAACGUCGAUGAUCUUGACGAAGAUGAAGAUGAUUUAGGUAACGGUAUGAAUGUUCACACUGGUAUCACCAUCGAAAAGGAAAUCGCCUCCGUUGCCUUGGGUGAAUUGGCUGUUGGUACCGGCAAAGAAUUUGCUCCAUACGUUGAAGCUUCAGUUAAAUCAUUACACGACCAAAUUGAAAACUCUUAUGGUAUGAGAGAAGCUGCUAUGAACUGUUUAUUCAAGAUUACCAGAGCUAUGUUUAUUGCUUCUCAAGGUGAAGGUUUCAAGGCUCCAAAGGGUGUUCCUCAACAACCAUACGUUGAUGCUUCCAUCUUACAAUUGGUUCAACAAGUUAGAAACAUUGCUGUUCCUCUCUUGGAAGAAGAAUUUGAAUUAACUAUGGUUGCUUGUAUCUUGGAUGGUUUUGCUGAUGCUCUUCAUAAGUUUGGUGCUAUUGCCAUUGUUGAUAAUGGUAAUGACACUUCCUCUUUGGAAAAAUUAUGUUAUGUCUUGAUGCAAAUCUUGAAGAAAGAACAUCCAUGUCAAAUUGAAGAUGAAGAAGGUCCAGCUGAUGAAGAAGAUGCUUCUGAAACUGAUGCUUUAUUAUACGAAUCCGCUUUAGAAGUUCUUGUUGCUUUGUCCCUCGCAUUAGAAGGUGAUUUUGUUAAGAUCUUUACUUCCUUCAAGGAUGUUAUCUUAGCCAAUGCUCGUAGUAAAUCCAAGUCAAUGAGAGUUGGUUCUAUUGGUGCUAUUGCUGAAAUUGUUGGUGGAUUGAAGGCUUCCAACCCAUACGGUGAAGAAUUAUUACAAGUUUUCACUGAUAGAAUCGCUAAUGAUAAAUCUUUAGAUGUUAAGGGUAAUGCUGCUUACGGUAUUGGUUUAAUUAUUGAAAACAGUACUGCUGACUUAACUUCUGCUUAUCCACAUAUCUUACAAUUACUUUUCCAAUUGUUAUCUAAGGCUGAUAGAAAGGCUGAUUCUGAUGAUGCUGAAACCAAUGAAGUUGUCAACAGAUCAUUCGCCAAUGCUUCUGGUUGUGUUGCUAGAAUGGCAUUAAAGAACCUUCAAGCUGUUCCAUUAGAACAUGUUCUCAGUCCAUUAUUAGAACACUUGCCAUUAAAGACUGGUCUUGAAGAAAACACCCCAAUCUUUGAAUUAAUUCUUAAAUUGUAUGAAACUAAUAAUGAAUUAAUCGUUGGUCAAACUCCAAAGAUUGUUGAAAUCUUUGCUGGUGUUUUCGCUGCUGAAGCUGACAGAAUUAAAUUGGUUAACGAAUCAACUUUAGGUAGAGAAGAAAACAUUGAAGCCAUGAAACAAUUCUCCAGUCCUGAAUUACAACAAAAGGUUAUUGAAUUAUUAAAGUAUUUGGACCAAAAGUUUAAUGGGGUUGUUUCAUCAAAUGAAAUUUUAAAGUCAGUCAUUGCUGCUUAG